AAGACUGGAGACCAACUUGCAUCAAUUGUUCGAGCCCAACGUCAUGGAAAGAGUUACUUUAUUCUUCCCUGUGAGGAACAGCACGCUGGAGAAACAGCCACGGUCUGUUAUUUUCAUUUACUUUGGACAACAGUGAACAUUUCGGCUCCGAUCGGUCCAGUUUAUCUGAUUCAAACGUCGAGCGAAGAUGCACAGGAACCUGUUUACAUGGCAAAACCAGAAAGUUUCGAUGAGGGAAUGCGGCUCCACAAAGCAAAGACGCCUGGAGUUUUCUUCCUGCUGGACCUCUAUUCUCUGGAAUACUUUUAACCGGGACUAAUUUCGAGGAUUGUGCAAGAAAAACGCGUCGACAUUUUCAGGGAUUAAACCGUCGUUUUUUUGUUUUUUUUUUGUCGACCUAGUGUCUGGUUUGACUCCUCGGGAUGCGCGUAGAGGGUUUCUGUUCCGCUAACACUUAUUCCCCCGUCAUUUGAAUUUUAAUUGAAACUGUACUCGUUUAUGGGCCAAAGAUCGCACAAGUUUACGUGCCGUGUUGUUGAACAAUCGUCUAUUGGGCGUGUAGAGGCGCCGCUAUUAUGAGCGCUUCAUCACAUUUAAACGGACAAUCUGCCAACCUGAGCUCCUCGGUUAUUUGAGAUGAGUUUAAAUAUUGCAUUGAGCCAGCAUCGGAUGUUUCCUACGGAGCAUGUAUCCAAACAGCAGCGUGUAGACUAUUUGUUUAAAGCACCGUCUAGUGAGUCAAGAUGUCAGUGAUAGCCAAAGCCAUCUACACAUUUCAGAGCGAAAACCAAGAGGAGAUCAGCAUUCAGGAAAACGAGGAAGUGGUGAUCUUUGAUGAGAAAUCUGUGGAUGGCUGGUACCAGGGGGAAAACAGCCGAGGGGAGAGGGGGCUCUUCCCAGCAUCCUAUGUGGAAAUAAUCCGCACCCGCUCCAACUCUAAUGUGACUGACUGUUCCAUCAGUCCUGCUGGCUCGCUAGGAAAUGACUCCUACUUCAGCUCCACUCCAAACAGCAGUUUUUACACGCAGCAGAGUUAUUAUGACGACGAAGAUGACGACUGGGACGACUGGGACGACAGAUCGACAGUGGUGGACGAUGGCGACCACAGCAUCAAGAGCCCUGGUGCUAACGGUCACGCUCAUCAGAGCCCGAGUUCCAAUAAUCCAAACGUGCACUAUCGGGUAAAGCCACACAUCGAGAGGCAGGAUAGCAUCUCAAGCUCCAGGAAGGGCAGCAUGGUGGGCAGGAACUUGAACAGAUUCUCCAGCUUUGUGCGCUCUGGGGUGGAGGCAUUUGUGCUGGGCGAUGUCCCCAUGAUGGCAAAGAUAGCUGAGUCCUACACUAUCGAGAUGGGCCCAAAGGGACCAAAGUGGAAGGAAAGCCCACAGCCCUUCUCCUGCUCUAUUGAAGAUCCCACAAAGCAGACCAAGUUUAAAGGCAUAAAGACUUACAUUUCCUACCGGGUCACGCCGAGUCACACGGGUCGACCUGUUUACAGACGCUACAAACACUUUGACUGGCUGUACAACCGCCUGCUGCACAAAUUCACUGUGAUCUCAGUGCCUCACCUGCCAGAGAAGCAGGCCACAGGCCGCUUCGAGGAAGACUUUAUUGAGAAGCGCAAGAGACGCCUGAUUUUGUGGAUGAACCACAUGACCAGUCACCCAGUCCUGUCACAGUAUGAAGGCUUCGAACACUUCCUUAUGUGUGCGGAUGACAAACAAUGGAAGCUGGGUAAAAGGAGAGCAGAGAAGGAUGAGAUGGUUGGGGCCCACUUUAUGUUGACUUUGCAAAUUCCCAAUGAGCAUCAGGACCUUCAGGAUGUUGAGGAGAGGGUAGAUACUUUCAAGACCUUCGCAAGGAAAAUGGAUGACAGUGUCAUGCAGCUCACGCACGUGGCCUCAGAGCUAGUGCGAAAGCAUCUUGGUGGAUUCAGGAAAGAGUUCCAACGCCUCGGAAAUGCCUUCCAGUCCAUCAGUCAGUCAUUCAUGCUUGACCCCCCACACAGUUCCGAGGCCCUCAACAGCGCCAUCUCUCAUACUGGACGAACCUACGAGAAUAUUGGUGAGAUGUUCGCGGAGCAACCUAAGUAUGACCUCUUCCUGAUGCUGGACAAGCUGUCACUGUACCAAGGCCUUCUCGCCAACUUCCCAGACAUUAUUCAUCUACAAAAAGGUGCCUUUGCCAAGGUCAAAGAAAGCCAGCGCAUGACGGACGAGGGUAAGAUGGACCAGCAUGAGACGGACGGCAUCAGGAAACGCUGCCGGACAGUGGGCUUUGCCUUGCAGGCCGAGAUGAGCCACUUCCAUCAACAGCGGGAGGUGGACUUUAAGGACAUGAUGCAGGCCUACCUCACUGAACAGAUCGCAUUUUACCAGCGGGUGGUGCAGCAAUUGGAGCGCACACUGCGCAUGUACGAGACACUGUGACUCCAGUUGUACCCCUGCAGACUCACAGAGCUUCACUUUGAUGAUUUCAAAGAUGUCACAGACCUACUGUACUGUUUGUCCUGAAAAUAAACAUCUAUUACUUGUCAGAGUUAUUAUCUAUUUCCAGAUAUUUAACGUGUUUGUAAUUGUGGUUCUAGAUUGAAAAAAAAAAAAAGUUCUUGAAUUGUUUAGCAGCAAUAUCUCCAGUUUCGUCUGCACCUGUCUGUGUACAUUCCAUUUCUGAUCAUUGUUUCUCAUUGACAAUGCGACCCAAUACCGUUUUCAUAAAUCCAACCUCCAUUUUAACUUGACCCGUGCAUAGGAAAAAGUCUUAACUUCAGAAGGCGCAAUGAAGUGGCAACAGCAUUGUUGGUAUGUGUAUAGUGGGUAUAUUGAUCUGGACAGAAUAUUUAUGGAUUACUGAAAAAAAAAAAAAACACUCUCCCAGUCUACUAAGCCGUUUUUGUUUUGAAUGUUGUCCAGCAGUGUGAUAGCACUGUAUGCAUUUUGUUUCCAGUAUGCUCUGUUUCUUUGUUUAUUGGAAAAUACAAACAAUUUGUUGCUUUUCAUGUGACUGCUUUUGAGCACUGUGUUGUCUUCCAUCAAUUUUGGGGCUUCUGGGUGGUGGCUGGUUUGGUAGAUGAAUCAGAUGCACAACAUGUUGCAGGUAGGAUUUAGAGGAAUUAACAGAAGCCAUGGAACAGGAACUGCCCUUUCCUCAUGCACUUUGGCACCCAGCGUAGAUUUAAACGACUUACUUAUUUUAAUUUUAAACGAAAAUAUUUGUUAAAAUUGAAAUUCUCAGGAUCGCUGAUGAACUGAAUUGUGUCGUAUAAGGUUGUGGUGUGAUGUUGAAAUGAAAUAUUCGCUUGUGGCAUGGCUCAUUUCUUCCGGCGGACAAUUGGAAUGAGGUGUGUUCACACACGUUUGCACAUGUUUUUAUCUACUGGAGAGCCUCUGAGUCUGUGAUGUUCUGUGUGAGUCACUGUUUGUGGAAAAUCCCCAUAAGUACCAAAAAUGUUCGUUUUUGUCAAAAGUUAAAAUCUUUAUAUUAUUUAAGCCAUUGAUCUUUCAUUGGCUAGUGGUCAGGGAUGCCAUCAACAACCCAUAUAUACUAUUAGUGCUUAUGUUGGUGAUCCAAGAAUUAUUUACACAAACCCAAAUCUACUAAACAACAGUUUGUAUGACCUUUAAAUGUAUACUGAUAUGACAGAGGGAGUUAUAUGUGUGGUAGAUUUUCUUUUUCUGUAGGUUUGUAUGCUUUUGUUAACUGUCUUCUGCAUGAAUAAUGCAUUUGUUUACUCCAUCAAUGUAAAUUUCUGUUUGUGUGAAUGUUAACUGACAUACAUAGGGACACACCGAUACCAGUUUUUUUCCAAAGUACUUGCAAUUGAGAACCGAGUACUUUUUAGUUUUUUUGCCCCAUAUUUUCCAUAAGUAAUUUAAAAACAUUCCUAAUUACUUUUCUUGUACAUGGAUGACGGUCACAAUUUUCACUGCUGUACAAACACAGAUUUUACAAAAUGGUCAUGAACUGACAUUAAAAAACUGUGCACUGCCAUAAAGUGCUAUCGGUUUCCUGGUAUUGGUGGCUAGAGUACUCAAGCCCGGCAUCGGACAGAUACAUGAUACCAGUAUCGGUGUAGGUGCAUCUCUAGACAGAAACAUAUUUAUAUUAAGACUCUCAGUUGCCCUAAUUGCAUGAGAUCCUGACACCAAAUCAUCACCUGAUUCGAAUUAGUUUUCUUGUUUUUUUAUGGCAUUUUUUAGGGCUGUUGCUGUGCUGGGUUUAUUUUAGCAUUGUAGUGUUGUACUACGUAAAAGAAGAUGUAGAACAGUGCCAAAAAUGUAGAUUCUGAUUUACCUGUUGAGAGCAAUAAUAGCAGGGCUAGCAUGUUCAUCAUUUACACUUUUUAUGUUUUUGCUGCGUCAUUUUUUUAGUAGAGAGAGAAGGGUGAGUGGAGGGCAAUUGCUGAAUACAAAAUGUAUGAAAGUUUUUGUGACUCAGUGCACACAUUAAUACAGGUGAUGUGAGUGAGGAGACCAAGAAGUGAUAAAGGGCUGAUUUAUGAAAGGUUUGCUUGUCCUAAAACAUGUGCCAAAACUAUUAACUACUAAAAUGUUGUGUAUCAAAUGCAUACACCUAGCUGCUUUUGUAGAAAUUGUAGCAUUGAGAUGGAUACAAUAAAAGACGACAGACACAGGAUAUUUCAUCGUCACAUGAGUAUUUUUGGAAUUAAUAUGUACAACAUCAGUGGUGUGUGCACUUUCCUGGCAUGCAAGCUGACUGUAUGUGGCGACUCGAGACACACACCAGCGUGUAGUUGCCAGUACACAUGAAUGAGCUUCGACUGCCUGUAUUCGGUGUGCAGAAUAAAGUACUUGAACUGCCUCUGUGUCUGUGUGUAUUGGUGCUGCAUCUGUGCCACUGUCCAUUCUCAACCUUUUUAAAUUUGAAAAUGAAGUUGUUUCUUGGUGUGUAUUGUCAUUCAUUUGAUCAAUAAAAGAAAGCAUCA